AUGGGCCCCCGUACUGACUCCUCAUGCUGCUGCCAGGCCCGUAAUCUGUCAUGGGCCCCUGUACCGCCUCCUCAUGCUGCUGCCAGGCCCGUAAUCUGCCAUGGGCCCCCGUACCGACUCCUCAUGCUGCUGCCAGGCCCGUAAUCUGUCAUGGGCCCCUGUACCGCCUCCUCAUGCUGCUGCCAGGUCCAGAGUGUGUCAUGGGUCCCUGUACGGCCUCCCAUUGCUUCUGCCAGGCCCGUAAUCUGCCAUGGGCCCCCGUACCGACUCCUCAUGCUGCUGCCAGGCCCGUAAUCUGUCAUGGGCCCCUGUACCGCCUCCUCAUGCUGCUGCCAGGUCCACAGUGUGUCAUGGGUCUCUGUACGGCCUCCCAUUGCUGUUGUCUCCAUCGCCACACUCUGCCAUGUGCCACUUUCAGGUCUCCUCACACUGCUGGUGGGUUCCAUUUUGUCAUAGGGUGC